AUGGCCUCCUCGCGCCGCUUCUCCGUCCUAGCAGCUGCGUCGCUCGCGGCGGUUCUGCUCCUCGCCGCGGCGAGCGGCGCAUUCGCGCGGCGACACCGGCAGCCUCAGCCUCGCCCCAUAGUUCACGCUGAUGUGGCAAGCACCGCCGCCACCGUUAAGCCGCCCCCGCUACUUAAAUGCACGAAGCCGCUUCUAAAGGACUACUCCAAGUCCGUCGUAAUAGCCAACGGCCUGUUCCUCCACUGGAACAUCACCGACGCCAAGGACGGAAUCAUCGCAGCGCUCGAGGCGAAGAAGGGUAGCGGCGGCGAGAAGGGCUGGCUGUCCAUUGGCUGGUCGGGCGGCAAACCGGGCGGCCGCAUGAUGUUCCCCUCGGACGUCGUGGUGGGGAAUCAUGUGGUCGUCGGCUCGACGGCCGUCAAGCCUACCGACGUGCUGGCAUACUCGAUGACCAAGGACAACUUGAGCGGGAUAAAAAGGACAGCUGCUGUGAUUCUCUCGGAUACAUCCGUGGUUUCCGUCGGCGGUGGCAGGAUUAUCAAGUUCACUCGCAAGGGCGCGGGCGGCGUGGCAUCUCAGGCUGUCUCUUACGAGUCGGGUGUCACCACCACCAUGAUCUGGGCCUUCUCAACUACCCCCGCAUUCAAAACCCACACCAAAAAGGGUGCCUUCUCAGUCAACCUUGGGUGCACCGUGUAG